AUGUGUCUUUUACAAUUCUCUAGGGUAGAGAAUUGUAAAAGACACAUAAAUCAGCUGGUUCCUUAUAAAGGGUAUAAUGACCAUCCUCAAAGUUAUCCUCAGUAUAGAACGCAAAGUCCAGCUGUAAACCAACAUAUACCAUCUCCAAUAUACACCAACAUAUACCAACAUAUACCACCGUUGCAGACUACGAUUAGAAGUUCACCGGGUGCUUCAAGAGUGCCUAUUCUGCCUUCAUCGUCACCAAAUGUGGGUGGGCGCAAUUCACCUAUAAGGACAAUCGAACUUGACGAACCUAAUACGAGUACGAUGACAUCACCAUCUAGGGAAGAGGAGGAUGUAGAGGAUCCUCUUACUACAGCAGGAGAGCAGCAAGCUUGUCUCAGGAAUUCGGCAGGAGUUACUGGAGAGAGAAGAUAA